AACACGGAGCCACGGUCUAGGCCCAAAACAAGAGGCAAAUGAAAAACAGAGAAAGGAAUCUGCUCUCCUACGUGCACGGUAGUGCAGAAUUCCAGCAGCAGCAACCAUUGAAACGCCGCUAGCCUUCCCUCCUCCAGAACCGAAACUUGUAGUGAGAAUUGGAGUCAAGUAAAAGAAGAAAUGGCGUUCAGAGGCAAAGAGAUGAUGAAGAAAGUGUUGAAGAGAGUUGGAGAGAACAAUUUGAACCCAAGAGUGAAGGAAUCGCUGGAGAAAUGUAUACCUCGAAGCAAGGUUGUAAUGGGUCGUGCCAAACGCGGUCUAUUUGCCGGUAGACACAUUCAGUUCGGCAACAGUGUUAGUGAGGAUGGCGGUAACAAGACAAGGAGAACGUGGAAACCUAAUGUCCAAGAAAAGCGGCUCUUCAGUUACAUCCUGGAUCGUCACAUUCGGGUCAAAGUGACAACCCAUGCCCUUCGUUGCAUAGACAAGGCUGGUGGGAUUGAUGAAUACUUGCUGAAAACUCCUUACCAAAAGAUGGACACUGAGAUCGGUGUCUUCUGGAAGGCAAAGAUGGAGAAGCUCUAUGAAGAGCUUGGCGAGAAGGAGGUUGUGUUCUUUGCUCCAGAGGAUGAAGCCAAGUUUGAACAAGGCUUUAAAGAUUUGAAGCUAUCUGAAAAGGAAGCGCGUAAGGAAACCAGAAGAAAAAUGUUUGCCGGGAUAAGCAAGCACAAGCUGAUUGGGGUAGAAAGUAAAGAUGGUCAAUCUAUUGAGAAUGGCGAAGAAAUCUCCCAUGGUGCUCAGAAACAGUUGGUCCCAGUUUCAUAUGUGUUGGCUGCUGACAAGCUCAAAGUUGGCAGUUAUGUUUCUAAUCAAUGAUGUGUUACCUGAUAAUAGUGGUGGUGUAAUCUGUAUCAGCUCAUGGCUGUUUCACUCAAAGAGUAUUGAAGCUUUUCACUCAUUGCAUUUUCAUGGUGUAGUUUUUACAGCCAAAAGCGGCAUUCUAAAUAAUGAACAAAGAAGAGUAUUGUCUUCAUGUUGUUUCUCGGUUGUUCAAUUUUGGUCCUUUGGGUUGUGUAU